UCUGUUAGCUAUGCCUUUAAAUUGUUUAACUUGGGUCAAAUGUUUUGGGUAGCCUUCCACAAGCUUCCCACAAUAAGUUGGGUGAAUUUUGGCCCAUUCCUCCUGACAGAGCUGGUGUAACUAAAUCAGGUUUGUAGGACUCCUUACUCGCACAUGCUUUUUCAGUUCUGCCCACACAUUUUCUAUGGGAUUGAGGUCAGGGCUUUGUGAUGGCCACUCCAAUACCUUGACUCUGUUGUCCUGAAGCCAUUUUGCCACAGCUUUGGAUGUAUGCUUGGGGUCAUUGUCCAUUUGGAAGACCUAUUUGCGACCAAGCUUUAAUUGAUGUCUUGAGAUGUUGCUUCAAUAUAUCCACAUAAUUUUCCUCCCUCAUGAUGCCAUCUAUAUUCAUGAUGCCAUCUAUUUUGUGAAGUGCACCAGUCCCUCUUGCAGCAAAGCACCCCCACAACAUGAUGCUGCCACCCCCACAACAUGAUGCUGCCACCCCCACAACAUAAUGCUGCCGCCCCUGUGCUUCACGGAUGGGAUGGUGUUCUUCGGCUUGCAAGCAUCCCCCUUUUUCCUCCAAACAUAUCAAUGGUCAUUAUGACCAAACAGUUCUAUUUUUGUUUCAUCCGACCAGAGGACAUUUCUCCAAAAAGUAUGAUCUUUGUCCCUAUGUGCAGUUGCAAACCGUAGUCUGGCUUUUUUAUGGCGGUUUUGGCGCAGUAGCUUCUUCCUUGCUGAGCGGCCUUUCAGGUUAUUUCGAUAUAGAACUUGUUUUACUGUGUAUAUAGAUACUUUUGUACCUGUUUCCUCCAGCAUCUUCACAAGGUCCUUUGCUGUUGUUCUGGGAUUGAUUUGCACUUUUUGCACCAAAGUUGAUGUUUGCACCGCCUUGAUGUUAGUUGAGAACGACAGGGUGUUGUCCAGGAUCACGCCAAGGUUCUUAGCGCUCUGGGAGGAGGACACAAUGGAGUUGUCAACCGUGAUGGUGAGAUCAUGGAACGGGCAGUCCUUCCCCGGGAGGAAGAGCAGCUCCGUCUUGCCGAGGUUCAGCUUGAGGUGGUGAUCCGUCAUCCACACUGAUAUGUCUGCCAGACAUGCAGAGAUGCGAUUCGCCACCUGGUCAUCAGAAGUGGGAAAGGAGAAGAUUAAUUGUGUGUCGUCUGCAUAGCAAUGAUAGGAGAGACCAUGUGAGGUUAUGACAGAGCCAAGUGACUUGGUGUAUAGCGAGAAUAGGAGAGGGCCUAGAACAGAGCCCUGGGGGACACCAGUGGUGAGAGCGCGUGGUGAGGAGACAGAUUCUCGCCACGCCACCUGGUAGGAGCGACCUGUCAGGUAGGACGCAAUCCAAGCGUGGGCCGCGCCGGAGAUGCCCAACUCGGAGAGGGUGGAGAGGAGGAUCUGAUGGUUCACAGUAUCGAAGGCAGCCGAUAGGUCUAGAAGGAUAAGAGCAGAGGAGAGAGAGUUAGCUUUAGCAGUGCGGAGCGCCUCCGUGAUACGCUGGAGAGCAGUCUCAGUUGAAUGACUAGUCUUGAAACCUGACUGAUUUGGAUCAAGAAGGUCAUUCUGAGAGAGAUAGCGGGAGAGCUGGCCGAGGACGGCACGUUCAAGAUUUUUGGAGAGAAAAGAAAGAAGGGAUACUGGUCUGUAGUUGUUGACAUCGGAGGGAUCGAGUGUAGGUUUUUUCAGAAGCUGUGCAACAUUCUCACAUAGGUGUUCCUUUUGUCCAGGUUGGAACAGGCAGUGUGGAGUACAAUAGAUUUUGCAUCUGUGCAUCUGUUGGGGCGGCAUGCAAAUUUGAGUGGGUCUAGGGUUUCUGGGAUGAUGGUGUUGAUGUGAGCCAUGACCAGCCUUUCAAAGCACGUCAUGGCUACAGACGUGAGUGCUAUGGGUCGGCAGUCAUUUAGGCAGGUUACCUUAGUGUUCUUGGGCACAGGCACUAUGGUGGUCUGCUUAAAACAUGUUGGUAUUACAGACUCAGAAAUAAAAAAUGACAGAAAUGUUCCACAUGCACAAAAAGCGUAUUUCUCUGUAAAAUUUGUUUUAAUCCCUGUUAGUGAACAUUUGUCCUUUGCCGAGAUAAUCCAUCCACCUGACAGGUGUGGCAUAUCAAGAAGCUGAUUAAACAGCAUGAUCAUUACACACGUGCACCUUGUGCUGGGGACAAUAAACAGCCACUCUAAAAUGUGCAGUUUUGUCUCACAACACAAAGCCACAGAUGUCUCAAGUUGAGGGACUGCAAAAAAAAAAGUACAAUUGGCAUGCUGACUGCAGAAAUGUCCCCCAGAGCUGUUGCCAAAGAAUGUAUGUGGACACCUGCUCAUCAAAAUCUCAUUCCAAAAUCAUGGGCAUUAAUAUGGAGUUGAUCCCCCCUUUUGCUGCUAUAACAGCCUCCAUUCUUCUGGGAAGGCUUUCCACUAGACGUUGGAACAUUGCUGCUAUAACAGCCUCCACUCUUCUGGGAAGGCUUUCCACUAGACGUUGGAACAUUGCUGCUAUAACAGCCUCCACUCUUCUGGGAAGGCUUUCCACUAGACGUUGGAACAUUGCUGCUAUAACAGCCUCCACUCUUCUGGGAAGGCUUUCCACUAGAUGUUGGAACAUUGCUGCUAUAACAGCCUCCAUUCUUCUGGGAAGGCUUUCCACUAGAUGUUGGAACAUUGCUGUGGGGACUUGCUUCCAUUCAGCCACAAGAGCAUUAGUGAGGUCGGGCAUUGAUGCUGGGUGAUUAGGGCUGGCUCGCAGUUGGCGAUCUAAUUCAUCCCAAAGUUGUUAGAUUGGGUUGAGGUAUUUGUAUUUUAUGUAUUAUGUAUUAUUAUGUAUUUAUUAGUUCCUGUCAAGACAGCAGCUACUCUUCCUGGUGUUUAUUAUGGAUCCCCAUUAGUUCCUGCCAAGGCAGCAGCUACUCUUCCUGGGGUUUAUUAUGGAUUCCCAUUAGUUCCUGCCAAGGCAGCAGCCACUCUUCCUGGGGUUUAUUACGGAUCCCCAUUAGUUCCUGUCAAGGCAGCAGCUACUCUUCCUGGGGUUUAUUAUGGAUCCCCAUUAGUUCCUGUCAAGGCAGCAUCUACUCUUCCUGGGGUUUAUUAUGGAUCCCCAUUAGUUCCUGUCAAGGCAGCAGCUACUCUUCCUGGGGUUUAUUAUGGAUCCCCAUUAGUUCCUGUCAAGGCAGCAGCUACUCUUCCUGGGGUUUAUUAUGGAUCCCCAUUAGUUCCUGUCAAGGCAGCAGCUACUCUUCCUGGGGUUUAUUAUGGAUCCCCAUUAGUUCCUGUCAAGGCAGCAGCCACUCUUCCUGGGGUUUAUUAUGGAUCCCCAUUAGUUCCUGUCAAGGCAGCAGCUACUCUUCCUGGGGUUUAUUAUGGAUCCCCAUUAGUUCCUGUCAAGGCAGCAGCCACUCUUCCUGGGGUUUAUUAUGGAUCCCCAUUAGUUCCUGUCAAGGCAGCAGCCACUCUUCCUGGGGUUUAUUAUGGAUCCCCAUUAGUUCCUGUCAAGGCAGCAGCUACUCUUCCUGGGGUUUAUUAUGGAUCCUCAUUAGUUCCUGUCAAGGCAGCAGCCACUCUUCCUGGGGUUUAUUAUGGAUCCCCAUUAGUUCCUGUCAAGGCAGCAGCCACUCUUCCUGGGGUUUAUUAUGGAUCCCCAUUAGUUCCUGUCAAGGCAGCAGCUACUCUUCCUGGGGUUUAUUAUGGAUCCUCAUUAGUUCCUGUCAAGGCAGCAGCCACUCUUCCUGGGGUUUAUUAUGGAUCCCCAUUAGUUCCUGUCAAGGCAGCAGCUACUCUUCCUUGGGUUUAUUAUGGAUCCCCAUUAGUUCCUGUCAAGGCAGCAGCUACUCUUCCUGGGGUUUAUUAUGGAUCCCCAUUAGUUCCUGUCAAGGCAGCAGCUACUCUUCCUGGGGUUUAUUAUGGAUCACCAUUAGAUCCUACCAAGGCAGCAGCUACUCUUCCUUGGGUUUAUUAUGGAUCCCCAUUAGUUCCUGUCAAGGCAGCAGCUACUCUUCCUGGGGUUUAUUAUGGAUCACCAUUAGUUCCUGUCAAGGCAGCAGCUACUCUUCCUGGGGUUUAUUAUGGACCCCCAUUAGUUCCUGUCAAGGCAGCAGCUACUCUUCCUGGGGUUUAUUAUGGAUCACCAUUAGUUCCUGUCAAGGCAGCAGCCACUCUUCCUGGGGUUUAUUAUGGAUCCCCAUUAGUUCCUGUCAAGGCAGCAGCUACUCUUCCUUGGGUUUAUUAUGGAUCCCCAUUAGUUCCUGUCAAGGCAGCAGCUACUCUUCCUGGGGUUUAUUAUGGAUCCCCAUUAGUUCCUGUCAAGGCAGCAGCUACUCUUCCUGGGGUUUAUUAUGGAUCCCCAUUAGUUCCUGUCAAGGCAGCAGCUACUCUUCCUGGGGUUUAUUAUGGAUCACCAUUAGUUCCUGUCAAGGCAGCAGCUACUCUUCCUGGGGUUUAUUAUGGAUCACCAUUAGUUCCUGUCAAGGCAGCAGCUACUCUUCCUGGCGUUUAUUAUGGAUCCCCAUUAGUUCCUGUCAAGGCAGCAGCUACUCUUCCUGGGGUUUAUUAUGGAUCCCCAUUAGUUCCUGCCAAGGCAGCAGCUACUCUUCCUGGGGUUUAUUAUGGAUCCCCAUUAGUUCCUGUCAAGGCAGCAGCUACUCUUCCUGGGGUUUAUUAUGGAUCCCCAUUGGUUUCUGCCAAGGCAGCAGCUACUCUUCUUGGGGUUUAUUAUGGAUCCCCAUUAGUUCCUGCCAAGGCAGCAGAUACUCUUCCUGGGGUUUAUUAUGGAUCCCCAUUAGUUCCUGUCAAGGCAGCAGCUACGCUUUCUAGGGUUUAUUAUGGAUCCCCAUUAGUUCCUGCCAAGGCAGCAGCUACUGUUCUUGGAGUCCAACAUAAUUAAGGCAGUUUAU